CUUUAGACUCUGCUCUCAGAAAUGUCUCCGCUCUGGCUUCACCUUACCCUCCCACGUCCGUUCACCCCGAUUCCUUGAAGGAAAGCUCGGGAGGGAGGAGCUACGGCGCCAUGUUUAAAAUGUUUCAGGAAUGAACUACUUCUCCUCAGGAGACUCUGUUUUCUGUCAGGGACAACAAGGGCUGAAUACUCCUGUGAUAACCCAACGUCAACUCUUGGACAGAGGUUAAAAAAAGCAUCUCUCACUCUGGAGCACCUGUCCUGUCCUUCAUUACUCAUACAACCCAUUAAUAUGAAUAGGCACUACGUAAUGCUCAAUGCCCCUAUGAUGGCACUACAGAGAAAGUACAGAGGUAAUUUCCUCCUCUGGGAGAUGAUGUAAAAGACAGAAAGAAAGUAAACCCACAGCUGUCUCUUAUUUAGUGCCAUUUUACCUAGCAGUGGGCACAAUCAAGAUGGAAUCCAUGCCUGUGUUGCCUCCCCAGCUGGGUGGCAGUGCCCAUAUGACAGACACUGAGCUGCAUAAACUGUUAAUCAGUGAAAAGAUGAGAUGUGAAAAUCACAGGACCAACUAUGAAACCCUGAAGGCUGAGCAUUCCAGGCUGCAGGCUAACUUCAUGAUGUCUCAGAAUGAAUGUAAACAGCUGUCGGCAGAGAAGCAGAACGUGCAGGAAAAAUUCCAGCUCUUACUUACUGAACUGCGAGGGGAACUUUUGGAUCAAACAAGAGAAGCAGAAGAGCUGAAGCUGCAAGUGCUGUCGCCUCAGAGACUGGAGCUGCUGAAACGUCAAAUCCAGCAGGAACUAGAAGCUCCGAUGCGGGAACAUAUUAGAAAACUCAAUGACGAAGUUGAAAAAUACAGAGGGGAAUACAACAAACUUCGAUAUGAAAAUGGUAUCCUUACAGCUCAGCUUGAGCACCAGAGGGAAGAACAACAUCGAAUGUUAGAAGAACAAAACAUCAGAUUUGAAGCUCAGGUUGCUCAGCUUGAAAAAGAUAAAGAAGAGCUUCAUAGUCAAAUAAUAAGUAUUGAUUCCUCAAGAGAUGGCAAACGUUUAGAGGCUCUGCUGGGGGAGAAAGUCUUAUUAAGCCAAAAAUUGGAGGAUUUAAAAGCUGAGGUGAAAGAGCUGCGAGCAGAGAGAGAGCAUUAUGGUGUGCAAGCAGAAAAUGUCCAGAGGAUACAAGUGCGACAGAUGACUGAGACUCAAGCAGCUCUCCGAUCUCUUGAGGCCGAAAAGCAGUCUUUGAAACUGCAGCUCGAACGUCUGGAGAAUGAGUUGCAGGCAUCCUCAGAACAAAAUGAUAUCCUAACUAAGAAGCUGCACAGAGCUGAAAGAGAUGUGCAUUCUCUCACUAGUAAAAUUGAAGAGCUCAAACAUUCCCAAAAAAUUGAAAUUGACAAUAUAAAAUUAGAAGCUACCAGAACAACCAAUGACGCUAAAAAAGACAAAGACAGGAUUCAAAGUCAGCUUGAUGCACUAGAGACAGAAAAUGAAAUUCUUAAAGCAUCAAUGGACCACCAGAAAGAGUUACUGGCUGAAAAGGAACGGGAAUUAAUACGUAAAGUACAAGCAGCUAAAGAAGCAGGAUUUCAACAAAUUGCCAUAAUGCAAGAUGAAAGGCUUGAACUGGAAAACAGAAUCACGGAACUAGAAAAGUAUAAAGAAGAGCAAGAGCAACAUAAGAAUUCUGAAAUCAGUCAGAUGGAAGAAAAAUGUUGCAUUGCACAGUUAGCAGAGGAAUCUGCUAGAAGAGAACUUCUGAGUUUAAGGUCAAAACUCCAACAUCAAGUGUCCUAUGCAGAGCAAAUAAAAAAAGAGAAACUUGAAGAAGUGGACUUAAAACGGGAAAUUAGUGACCUGAAAACUCAGGUACUGUCACUGUCCGAGUCAGAAAACAAUUUAUUACGUGCUAAUGAAAAUCUCCGGGACAUGGUAGAACGACUCAAACAAGAAAAUCGCUGUGCUAGAGGUCAGGCAGAAAAAGUCCAACAAGAUGCAGAAAGAGAAUUAGAAGGUAACCAGGUAGAAUGGCUACAAGAAAAACACACAUUGCAGGAGGAGUUGUCUCAGCUACAAGAAAAAUAUAAGCAUCUUAAAGAGAAAAUACAAAGAGCAGCUGAGGCUCAGAAGAAGAGAAAACAUAUACAUGAGAACAGAUGCAGAAAAUUGAAAGAAAAAAUUGAGCUCUUGGAGGCAAAGAAAGAGGAACUUGAGACUGAAAAAUCUGUGUUAAAUAGGCAGAAUAUACCCCAAGAAGACCAUGUACGUCUUCAGAAAAGAAUGAAGGAUCUUCAGCGACGACAUAACGAAUUCCGCACUUUAAUACUUGGUCCAAAUGUUGGAGCCUCUGGGUUCUUGAAUCCAAGCAGUUACCUGUCAUCCACAAUCGUUCCAGAGGCGUUUUCUUUUCAAAAUGCGCAGGAGGAACAGCAUCAAAGAGAAAUUUCUAUGUUACGAAAAAGACUUGAGGAACUAGAAAUGACUCAGGAGAAGCAACUGGAAGAACUUGGUCCUCCUGCAGAACGUAGCAAGACUGAAAACCUCAGCUCUGUGCACCAGCAAAGGAAUCGGGAGGAAGAAGAGCUUAGUGAAACAGGGUAGCAAGGUUUUCAGACCGUUCAACGUAUUUAUUGUUGCAGGCACUAGAGUGUGAACCUUCUACAGAUAUCGAAAAUGUGAAAUCUAUGCUAAAUAUUUCAUAUAGGAAACUGUGAUAACAUUAAACGAAUUUUACGCAAA